AUGAUCCUUAUCUCAUUCUUUUUCUUCACUCUUUUUCUUUCUUUCUUCUCUUCUAAUUUUAUUUCCGUAUUUAUUCUUCCUACGUCUUCCUCUUUUUUUCUUCUUUUUUUUCUCUUCAUUCUCUUCAACCAUUUCCUUUUCUUUUUCUUCACUCUUUUUCUUUCUUUCUUCUCUUCUAAUUUUAUUUCUGUAUUUAUUUUUCCUCCGUCUUCCUCUUUUUUUCUUCUUUUUUUUUCUCUUCAUUCUCUUCAACCAUUUCCUUGUCUUCUGCUUCUAAUUUUUGUCUCUCUCUCUCUCUCUCUCUCUUUAGUUCUUUUUCUUCACUUUUUUCUUUCUUUCUUCUCUUCUAAUUUUAUUUCCGUAUUUAUUCUUCCUACGUCUUCCUCUUUUUUUUUUUUUUUUUUUUCUUCAUUCUCUUCAACCAUUUCCUUGUCUUCUGCUUCUAAUUUUUGUCUCUCUCUCUCUCUCUCUCUCUCUAGUUCUUUUUUUCUUCACUCUUUUUUCUUUCUUUCUUCUCUUCUAAUUUUAUUUCCGUAUUUAUUCUUCCUCCGUCUUCCUCUUUUUUUCUUCUUUUUUUUUUCUCUUCAUUCUCUUCAACCAUUUCCUUUUCUUUUUUCUUCCUCUUUUUUCUUUCUUUCUUCUCUUCUAAUUUUAUUUCCGUAUUUAUUCUUCCUCCGUCUUCCUUUUUUUUCUUCUUUUUUUUUCUCUUCAUUCUCUUCAACCAUUUCCUUUUCUUUUUCUUCACUCUUUUUCUUUCUUUCUUCUCUUCUAAUUUUAUUUCCGUAUUUAUUCUUCCUACGUCUUCCUCUUUUUUUCUUCUUUUUUUUCUCUUCAUUCUCUUCAACCAUUUCCUUGUCUUCUGCUUCUAAUUUUUGUCUCUCUCUCUCUCUCUCUCUAUAG